UAGCCACAAGUGUAUUGUAAAUUAGUAAUUUGUGCUGUUGGUGCAUCUCAUUUUGUUUUAAUUAAAUAAUUUUAAUUUUAUUAUUUAAGUUAUUAUAUUCUUGACAAAGGUGCAAAUAAAAGCGCACCUUACUUGUGUGUUAUAAAAUGUAUCCGACUACGAUAAUCGGACGUAGCUAUUUUCUAUUUCUUUCACUGCUAAUUGUGGGUGUGCUCGCUCAAUAUGAAUGGCAAGCGCGAGAUCCUUUUGAUGAAAUAAAAGUUAAAUUUGACAAAGUAAAUGGUGACAAUUGUCUCAUUCAACAUGACAACGAUUUAUAUAUGCCCGAAGACACUGUGUCGCAUAAACCGGACAUUAAGGAAAUAAACAUAAACCCAAUUUUCCCAAAUCGUACCGCGCUGCUUCACCUGCAUAACAUGGCAUUAAGUCGCAGCUUCUUUUGGAGUUACAUAUUGCAGUCACGUUUUAUACGCCCAGCCAUAAACGAUACCUAUGAUCCCGGCAUGAUGUACUAUAUGCUAUCGACUGUUGCAGAUGUGUCAGCUAAUCCACAUAUAAAUGCUUCAGCUAUAUAUUUUGCACCCAACAGUUCAUAUUCACCAACUUAUCGCGGUUUCUUCAACAAAACCUUCCCACGCUUUGCACCGCGCACAUUCCGUUUAGAUGAUUUUAAUGAUCCAAUACAUUUGCAAAAAAUUUCGACUUGGAACACUUUCGAUGUGCGUGACUUGGGUGCUUUUCCGCCAGAAUCUAUGUCGAAAGAUUACACCAGUGAUUUGUAUAAGAUAAAUGAGUGGUAUGGCCUGUGGUUACCUGAUGACGUGGAAGGGCGACAUGACACAAAAACUACUUAUCAAGUCGAAAUACGUUAUGCAAAUAACACAAAUGAAACUUAUACAUUUCAUGGUCCGCCGGGAGCUGAUGAAAUUCCCGGACCAGUUAAUUGGACAAAACCAUAUUUUGAUUGUGGACGUUCAAAUAAAUGGAUGGUCGCUGCUGUAGUUCCUAUUGCUGAUAUAUAUCCGCGUCAUACACAAUUCAGGCAUAUCGAAUAUCCAAAAUAUACUGCCGUGGCUGUGUUAGAGAUGGACUUUGAGCGUUUAGACAUAAAUCAGUGUCCGAAGGGAGAAGGUAAUAAAGGGCCGAAUCAUUUUGCCGAUACCGCUCGAUGUAAGAAGGAAACUACAGAGUGUGAACCGUUACAGGGUUGGGGCUUUCGACGUGGCGGUUAUCAGUGCAGAUGUAAGCCUGGGUAUCGACUGCCUAACGUCGUAAGGCGUCCCUACCUAGGCGAGAUAGUAGAAAGAGCUCCAGCUGAGCAAUACUACAAUGAAUAUGAUUGUCUUAAAAUUGGAUGGGUACAGAAAGUGCCGAUACAAUGGGAACGUGCUCCAUAUCAUGUGCGAGAAAAAUACUUAGAUCUGCAUCCAGAGUACCGUAACUACACAACAGGAUCACGAUCCUUGCACUCUGAAAACAUUAAUAUUGACCAAGUGUUGAAGUUCAUACACGGUGUCAACUAUCGCACUUGUAAAAAUUUCCAUCCACAAGAUUUGAUAUUGCGUGGCGAUGUCAGCUUUGGUGCUGCAGAACAAUUUGAAAACGAAGCGAAAAUGGCUGUGCGUCUUGCUAAUUUCAUUAGUGGUUUCCUUCAGAUUUCUGAUCCGAAUGAGGUAUAUUCAGGCAAACGUGUGGCCGACAAACCUCUGACCGAAGAUCAAAUGAUUGGCGAAACGCUCGCUAUUGUUAUUGGCGAUUCCAAAGUAUGGUCUGCUGCUACCUUUUGGGAACGUAAUAAAUUCACGAACCGUACAUACUUUGCACCCUAUGCUUACAAAACUGAUUUAAAUACGCGUAAAUUUAAAGUGGAAGAUUUAGCACGUCUAAAUAAGACACAUGAAAUCUACACCGAAAAAAAAUAUUUCAAGUUUUUGAAACAACGGUGGUCGACAAAUUUCGAUGAUUUAGAAACUUUCUACCUAAAAAUGAGAAUACGUCACAAUGAAACAGGUGAAUACCUGCAGAAAUAUGAGCACUUCCCGAAUUCGUAUCGUGCGGCAAGCAUAAAACACGGAUACUGGACUCAGCCGCAAUUUGACUGCGAUGGUUAUGUCAAAAAGUGGCUAAUAACAUAUGCUGUACCCUUCUUUGGUUGGGAUAGUCUUAAAGUAAAACUGGAAUUCAAAGGUGUAGUCGCUGUAUCAAUGGACAUGCUACAGUUGGACAUAAAUCAAUGCCCAGAUUGGUAUUAUGAGCCGAAUGCUUUUAAAAAUACACACAAAUGCGAUGAGAAAACAUCUUAUUGCGUACCUAUAAUGGGACGAGGCUAUGAAACUGGUGGUUACAAAUGUGAAUGCUUGCAGGGUUAUGAAUAUCCAUUUGAAGAUUUAAUUACAUAUUAUGAUGGUCAAUUGGUAGAGGCUGAAUACCAAAAUAUUGUAACGGACACAGAAACACGUUAUGAUAUGUUUAAAUGCCGUUUGGCGGGCGCAGCUGGUCUGCAAGGAGCGGUGUCACUUGUAAUAUCAUUAGUUGGUUUAAUACUAGUAUUAAUUUAUAAAUUUAGAUAAAAAUCUAACAUAUUGUUUUUAAACAAUCCGUCCAAAUAUGUAAUAUGUUCCAAGGAAUGGGCAGUUAGGACAAAGAUCUAACAUAAAAAUUAAUAACAAAAAAUCUGUCCAAAAAUAUUAAGCAUUCCAAGGAAUUCAAAAAGAUAAAAAAUCUCCACUUCAAAACAAAUUAACCAACCUUAAAUAGAUAAGUAGAAAGCAGCAAGAAGCAGCAAAUAAACAUUUAAUAUCAUUUAUUAUAACAAAUCCGUCCAAAAAUAUUAUUAAGUAACAUUCCAAGGAAUUAAUAAUUAAAGAUAAAGAAUCCUAAUUACAGAAUAAAUGAAAUAACUACAGAUAGUUACCUGUAUUAUAGAAACGACACAGAAAAAAAAACAUUUCAAUUGAUUUAUUAAAAAUCCGUCCAAAAACAAUAUUAAACAUUCCAUGGAAUGAAAUAUGUUUUAAAAUGUAAAGAAUAUUGAAUUCAGAAUAAAUCAAACAAUUUCAGAUGGAGAGGUAUAUUAUAGAAACAACUUUAAGCAUUACAGAAGUAACAAAGAAAACAAAAACAAAUUUAUUAUAACAAAUAUAAAAUAAAAAGAUAUUAAACAUUCCAAGUAAUUUAAAACAACAACGAACAACUUCAUAUAUAUAAGUGUUUGGAAACCCAUUAUAACAUAAAUCAAUUGGAUGAAACAAUAGCCGGCGAAAUGUCAAAAAACUUUUUUCAACAGAUUUGCAAUACAGUACAAAAAAUUCAAGUUCCAAAAAUAGAAAACAGCUCUCAUAAACUCAAGAAUAAAUAAAUAAACCGAUGAAGAUCGGAGUAAGAAAAUCUAGAACUAUUCUUUGCAGUAUUUAAAGAUCCUAGAUAUAUGAAUAAUUAAGGAGUAUAUCUAGAACUAUAUGAAACACUCUUGUCUGACAUACUAAGUAAAUGUUAGAAAAUUUGAUUUGCUCAAUUUUCACCCGCACUCCACUUUUUUUACACCAAUAAAAAUGCUAACUAACAAGGAAUCGUAUAUAUAUUAAUUAUGUGACAACAAAAAAAGCAGCAACAGCAAAGAAUCAUCAUUAUUGAUAUAUAUCUCUCCCCGAACAAUGCCGUCUUUUAUGCAAGGCGAUUAAGUUGUAGACACAAUCUAUUACAAAGCAUCUAGUUAUUUGUCAGUUUUUCAUUCAGAAUGGAAUAAAAAAUGUUAAAAUCAAGAAAAGCGCAAGUAAAGAAAUAUGAAAAAUGAAAAAUGAAAAAUGAUGCCACAGCACCACCUCAAACAUAGACUCAAGUUACUCAUUCAUGCUCUCCUCAACAACAAUAAUUGGCAAAACGGCGCAAAGCGCAAAACGGAAAUUCCUAUGUCAACAAAAAAUGAAAACAAUUUUUUCCUAUAUUUCCUAUAUUUGAUAUGUGAAUCGUGUAUUGUGUAUAUCUUGUAUCUCAAAACUACAAAGAUUCAUGUUAAUAGGCAUGAAAGAUAACAGCUGUAGCUCUGCAAGCGACAGCUCACGAAACACACUGACCGACACUGAGCGACAAAUUCAAUUCAACAGAUUUAACAGAUUCAACAGGCAACAGGCAGAGCAGAGGCAGGAAGGAUGAAAAACCUGUUAAUAUCUAAAAGUGAAAAAAUAAUAAUAAUUGCAUAGCUACAGCUAAGCCUUGGCGAUAUUGUGGCUGUUUAGAUUGUUAAGGGUGCGCUUGAGCACAGCCGCUUUUUUACUGUCCAAAUUAAUAAACUACUAAAAAGUCUAAUGCGACACGUCCGUCCAACACAUCAAAACUGGAGACAGGGUUGAAAAGUGUGUAGCUUCUUAUUACAAAUUUUUGCACACAUUUUUUCUUAAAGGCGAAUACUGCAGAUACAAAAAAGCAGCACCCGUAAUGCAAAGCCGUUGCCAAACCAAGUAAAAAAGGAGAAUCUCGAGGAACGGCUGCAAAAAAUUAUACUUUAAUAUUUAUACGUCGGUCGAAUUGCAUGAAUUAAUUUUUUUUUUUUGGUUUUUGUUUUUUUGAGGAUAUAAAGGAUAUAUAGUUGAUCAUCAUUAAUGGACACAUGAAAACGGCGUAAUUUUACUUUAUUAUCUGUACCCUGAGAACUUUUUGUCACAAUAUAUACAAUUUUUUAUUUUAAAUUCUAAUGGCGAUGAUGAUUUAAUAUAAAAAAAAUUAAAAAAUUGCAAACCAGUUCGCCACUUGGUGCGUAAGGACAUCAUUGCUAGGAGAAAUAAAAAACAAAAAAUCUUGCAAGCAGUAGCUGUAGCUGAGUGUGUCGAUAGUUGCAUUAGCGAAAUAUCGCGUCUGUUGUUUUUAAAUAUUUUCACACAUUUUUCAUAGUCAUAGUCAAUAAACGGUCACAAUAGUUGAUCGGCAAAUCGGAAAGCGGCUAUUGAAAAGCAGUAGAACGAGUACCUCCUCCUGAACGGGUCUGAAUAUUUUUUCUCAUUCAUUUCCACAAACUUGUUACUUAAAUACUAUCUUGAAGUAUCUAAUUUUGUAUUAUCUUUAAUCUGUAAUGCUUUGUAUUGUAAAUAUUUGUACUGAAUAAUUGGUGUUCUUUGAUCUUGAAUUGUUUUACUAAACUAUAAACUUUAAAUACUAACGACUAAUGUCCGUCCAAUUUUAAAAUUAUAGUCUCAACUCGAAUAAUCAACGUUUAGGAAAUAUAUUGUGCCUUUUUAUAUUUUUAAAAUACAAAUUUUAUUAUACAUGCAAAUAUA